AACUUUGACUGUUGUGACCACGACAGGAAGUGGCCAACUCUGCCAGCUGAGCUUGCGUCUUCUUAAUAUGUUAUUUGUUGUUUACAUGUUCUUCAAGUGCUUCUUAGCGGGUUAUCAAUAUAUGCUUGACAGAUUUUUAAAGUAUUCCUAGUAUUCUUGACAUGUUUUUAACAUUAACAAGUUCUGAAUAUCGUCUUAAUGCCCUCUUUCAUUGUUCUUAAAGUGUGAGGGUGGAGCACAUUUUUUCUUCUUCCGAGUAUGUUCUUAACGUCUUCUUAACAUGUUUUACAUAUUCCCUAACAUGUUUUUGAUGUGCCAUGAAAGUGUUGAAUGUCGUAACAUAUCGUUAACGUGUCAACAUAGUUCUUGGCGUUUUCUUAACAUUGUGUUCUCAGCCAUUUUCUUCGCGUGUUCUCGCGACGGACUCAAAGUGACAGCGCUUCUCCAAAGCUGCAGCAGGUCAGAGGUCUGGGUAAUCAAAAUGGCGCUGGUGUCCGAGUUCCUGGGUCAGCUGACGCUGUCGUACGGCACGGAGGCCGAGCCUGCCUUUCCCACCGUGGUCGCCUUCCGAGACUUUGACCCAAUCAGCGACGCCGCACGACUAGAUGCCGCCCUGAGGACCAAAGGAGUGGACGAGGAAAGCAUCAUCGAUAUUCUGACGCGAAGGUCGUACGAGCAGCGGCAAGAGAUCGCCUUCGGGUACGAGCGCAUCGCCAAGAAGGACCUGCAGACGGCCUUGAAGGGGGCACUGUCGGGAUCUUUGGAGGCGCUGAUGCUGGGCCUGAUGAAAAGUCCCGCCCACUACGACGCCUUGGAAAUCAGAGCUGCCAUGAAGGGUCUGGGAACCGACGAGGACACGCUCAUCGAGAUGAUCUGCUCCCGAAACGACCGAGAACUGGCCGACAUCCAAAAAGUGUACCGCGAACUGUUUAAGAAAGAUCUGGAGAAAGACGUCGCAGGAGACACGUCGGGAGAUUUUGCUAAAGUGCUGCUCGCUCUCAUUCAGACCAAGCGAGACGAACCUUCCAAUGUAGUCGACUAUGAGAAGAUUGACGACGACGCCAAAAGCCUCUACGAAGCCGGCGUGAAGCGCAAAGGAACCGAUGAGGCCGUAUGGAUUUCCAUCUUGACGCAGAGGAGCGCCGCUCACCUGCAGAGAGUGUUUGAGCGCUACAAGAGCUACAGCCCGUAUGACUUGAAGGAAAGCAUCUGCAAGGAAGUCAAAGGCGACCUCGAGAAAUCUUUCCUGACUCUCGUGGAGUGUUUGGAGAACAAACAGAUGUACUUCGCCAACAGACUCGAUGAGGCUAUGAAGGGCAAAGGUGCCAAGGAGAAAGUUCUCACCCGCAUCCUGGUGUCUCGAUGUCAAGUGGACUUGAUGAAGAUCAGAAGAGAGUUCAAGAAGCGACACGGACGCUCGCUCUACCGCGCUAUCAGUGAACACACCAAAGGCGACUACCAGAAGGCUUUGCUCAGCUUGUGUGGAGGAGAUGACUGAACUCGCUCAACGACCACCAGACGGCAGCACAGAUAGAGAGAGAGAGAGAGACUUUAUUUAUCCUGCGAGGGAAAUUCGAUCCACAAAAGGCAUUUGUAUCAAUUAUUUACUGAAUUAACUUAUUUUAUUUUUCAAUCAAUCAAUCAGAAAACAAAUUUAAUGAUAUCGCACAUUUCAUACGUAAAGAAUGCAACCCAAAGUGUCUCACAUACUGUCGAUAAAAACGGACAAUUAAAAUAGCAAGAAAUAUCCAAACACCUACCCCUCCCAUCCUCACAUACAGUGGCUGAAAUAAGUAUUUAACACUCCAGCAGCGGUAAAGAAAAUGGAUGGAUGGACGUACGUCACCAUUUUUCUCAUUACAUACUGUAUAUUUCCAAAGGUGCUAUUAACAUGAACAUUUCACCAAAUGUUGGGGAAAAAGUAUUGAACACACCAGCUGGUAUUUAUUGAAUACUUUGUGCAAACGCCUGUGUUUGCAAUGACAGCUUCAAGAAACCUCCUGUAUGGAGAAACUAGUCUCAUGCGUUGCUGUGGUGUGAUUUUGGCCCAUUCCUCCACACAAGCAGUCUUCAAAUCUUCAAGGUUCAGUGGGCUUCUUUUAUGGACCUUGAGUUUGAAUUCUUUCCACAGAUCCUCGAUUGAAUCGAUUGGUGAUUCAGUCCGGUGAUUGGCUGGGUCGGUUCCAGUAGCUUUAUUUUUUUCCCUUUGAAACCAAGUGAGAGUUUCCUUGGCACUUUGUUUUGGAUCAUUAUCCUGCUGAAAUUUCCACCCUCGUUUCAUUUUAAUCAUCCUCGUAGAUGGCAGCCGAUUUUUCUCAAGAAAGCUAUAUUUGCCCAUUCAUCCUUCCUUCAAUAAUUUGGUUUACCAGUGCCAUUUGCGGAAAAGCAGCCCCACACCAUCAUGUUCCCGCCUCCGACCUUGACUGUUGAUAUGGUGUUUUUAGCGUGUGCAGUGCCAUUUCUCCUCCAAACGUGGUGUGCAUUAUGGCAUCCGAACAGUUCAAUUUUGCUCACAUCUGACCACACUAUAUUCUCCCAGUAUUUAACUGGCUUGUCCAAAUGUUCUUCAGCAAACCUGA